GACAUCACUGCAAGUGAAUUAAAGACUGCAGUGAAAGUGAAAAGAAACAGAUGAACAGGAAGCUUCAUCAAGCAACAACUGAAACUAACGAUCAGACCUGAUAUUUACUCAAAGUGCCACAGAGCCAUCUGAAGCAACAAACCAGCAGUCUUACAGGAAGUAAGGGGCGGAGCUUAUAGCCGAGUGAAGAUUUUGUGGUGGAGGCAGCAUGGCAUACUCCAGUGGUCCACUAAAUGAGGAGCUCCAGUGCUCCAUCUGCCUGGAUGUGUUCACUGAUCCAGUCACCACUCCAUGUGGACACAACUUCUGCAGAAGCUGCCUGAACAAGUGCUGGACAAACACAGAGACUUGCUUCUGUUCUGUCUGUGAAGAACAAUUCAGCAGAAGACCUGAUCUUGAGAUUAAUACAACACUCAGAGAGGUUGUGCAACAAUUUCAGGAUAAGCUCAAACUAGAAAAAUCUGAAGUGUUCUGUGACUUCUGUGAUGAAAGAGAGCAUAAAGCUGUGAAGUCCUGUCUGACAUGUCAAAGCUCUUACUGUGAGAGUCACCUGGAGCCUCAUCUCAGAGUCCCACGUCUAAAGAAACACACACUGAUCAACGCUGUGGAAAAUCUGGAGGAUUAUUUAUGCCAGAAACAUGAGAGACCUCUGGAGCUGUUCUGCAGAGAUGAUCAGACGUGUGUGUGUUUGUCCUGCACUGAAGGAGACCACAGGAGUCACAACACUGUUCCUAUAGAGGAGGAGAGUCAACAGAAGAAGAUUCAGCUGUUUCAGACACAGACAGACAUGCAGCAGAUGAUCCAGAAGAGAAUGAAGAAGAUUCAAGAGAUCCAGCACUCAGUAGAGCUGAGAAAGAGGAACACAGAGAAAUCGUCCAGUGUUGAUCUUUUCACUGAUCUGAUCCGCUCCAUUGAGAGAU